AUGCAGCAGAUGAUGAUGGUAAAAGUCUGGAAUGAACAUAAAGCAAAAGAAAGAGAAGCAUUAGAAGAAAAUAACACAGACAAAGAGCAGGCUAAGAUAGACAAUACACUCCACACUGUGUCAUUCGAUCUUCAAGCAGUUCUCAGAACUCCACAUGCAGGUGAUGCACAGAUCUAUUAUAAACGCAAAUUGUCUGUUUACAACUUCACCGUGUAUGAAAACCAUACAGCAAAUGGACACUGUUUUGUUUGGGAUGAGACAGAAGGUGGCAGGGGGUCAGGGUGCUCACUAGCGGUUUUUACUAUUGAGUUAAUACACCAUGGUUGGGAUACCAUCCCUGUUGAGGUUCCAAGUAUAGUAGCUCGUCUUCAGCUACGGACAACAUGGUUAGAUAUGGUGUACAACCUAGGUUUUUGGAGGUAG